AUGUCGUGGUUCUCAAGUGUUGUCUCGAUCGAUGAACGUAUCGAAAAAGCCACUUCAGAGUCACUGCCAUCCGGAGAACAGGAUCUCGCUUUGAAUCUAGAAAUUUGUGAUCUAAUUCGUUCUAAAACUGUGCCUCCAAAAGAUGCAAUGAGAUCAUUAAAGAAGCGUCUCAAUCACAAGAAUCCAAAUGUUCAACUUCUCACACUUCAUUUGAUUGAUAUAUGUAUAAAGAACGGAGGAAGCCACUUUUUAACGGAGAUUGCAUCUCGUGAAUUCAUGGACUCUUUUGUUUCAGUAUUACAGCCCUCUUCAGGACUGGUCAAUAGAGAUGUCAAGGAGUUAAUGUUGGAAUAUUUGCAAAACUGGGCGAAUGCGUUCGAAGGACAAAUACAGCUUGUUUACGUCAACAAAGUGUAUGAGAAGCUUAAGAAGGAUGGUUUUCAUUUUCCAUCUGGGGCUAAAAUUAGCUCAUCAUUUAUUGAUUCAUCUGCCCCUCCAGAAUGGGUUGAUGCCGAUGAAUGUAUGGAAUGCAAUACACCAUUUUCAUUUGUUAAUCGAAAGCAUCAUUGCAGAAAUUGCGGCGGUGUUUAUAUUCAAAAGCACUGUAACAAUUACACAACAUUGCCUCAUUAUGGAAUAAAUCAGCCGGUCAGAGUUUGUGACAGCUGUUUCAAUAAAUUGCGGGGUAGUAGUAGUGGAGGGCCAUCUAGCAGGGUCCACAACUCAAAUGACCAAGUGCGUUCUCAUACCACGAGUAAUAAUCGAGACCUAUCCUCGGUUGAUGAUGAUAAUGAUUCAGACUUGCAAAGAGCUUUAAAACUGAGUUUGGAAGAAUCUCAGAAUCCUGGCCUCACAAAACCAAGUCCGAACCGAGCUCCUACCAAUCAUCUAGUGCAGAAUGAUGACGAUGAUGAAGAUAUGAAGGCUGCGAUUGCCGCGAGUCUUCGAGAUAUGGAAAAUGAAGGUAAAGCUAUUCCUAGUGGUACUGAUACGACAAAUCCGAGCAACAAUCUUUAUCAACUUGCACCACCUUCAGUAUCAAUUGCUGAUGUUGAACCAAAAUCUGUUGAGAAUACUGUCUUAUCAAUAGUUGAUGAUGAAUUCACGUCGGUUGAUGCGGAAAUCAUUCAUAGAUAUGUUCAAAUUGUUGAGAGUUUGCAGCGAAAUCCGUCAGCCUUUGCUAUUAGAGAUACCAAAUUGGAAUUGCUCCAUAACAAUGUUCUGUCUCUACGGCCCAAACUCUCGAAGGACCUACGACGUACUGUUGAAAAGUGCGACCAGUUAGAGGAUUUACAUGGUAAGCUGACAGCUAUUGUGAGAUACUACGAUAAGCUUUUGGAGGAUAGAUUCUCCUACAGUAUGAAGAAGUAUGGGCAUAUGGACGAGGGGAAUCAGUACACGAGCUCGGUGGUAUCUUCUCAAAUGCCUGGUGGGCAGUACCAUCAAUACCAGACUGGUAGUGGGCCAGUGACUUAUCCAGAAGGUAACUCUCCAUAUUACCCGCCUGUGCAGGAUAGUGACCCGCAUUAUGGCGUGAAUACCGAGACCUAUUAUCAACAGCAGCAUGAUGGCCCACUUCCAAGUGAGCCUCCGCUUCCUGAAGGGAAUGCUGGUUAUCAGGGAUUUUAUCCUGCACUUGAUGAACGGGGAAACAUUUCACAGAAUCAAUCAAUUCAAGACCCCGAUAAUCAAAGUUCUGAGCCUAAUUAUUCAAAACCUGGAACCAAGGAAGAGGAAGAACCUAUUCUAAUCGAACUAUAA